GGGGCACUGCAAGGCGUGGCUGGCUUUGGGUUCCGCAUGAUCUCCCCAUCCCUCUUUGUGUUGCUGGAGGCGGCCAGCCUGCUGCUGGGUGCGGACACCGCAAGUGAGUGGCGGGGAGAGCAGCCGCGGAUCUAGACCGGAGAGCUGCUCCGCUUUCCCGACAAAUGGGGAUACCGGAGGAGCCGGACACGACGGGCACCGAUUGGAACUCAACCUGCAGGGAGAACCCGGAGGAAGCUGUCUAAAGCGGGAAGAGACAGGAGAUCCGGGCAAGGAUGCGGGGCGGAGGGGAGAAGAGCUUCUUUGUACUGGCCGCCACUUCCCAUGUCCUGCGCUAUUUCUUCACCGGUGUGUCAGAACUGGGUCACGGCCUGCCCCGGUUUGUCAUUGUGGGCUACUUGGAUGAUCAGCAGUUUGUCCACUACGAUAGCAAUUCCCGGAGGGACUUGCCACUGGGGCCUUGGAUUCGGAAGGUGGAGGAAGACGAUGCCCAUUAUUGGGACUGGCAAACUCAGCUUUCCCACAGCUGGGAACUCUACUUCCAACUGAGCCUCUGGAACCGCUUCAACCACACCCCGGGCUUUCACACCUGGCAAUGGAUGCAUGGUUGUGAGUUACGACAAGAUGGACGUAAAGAAGGCAGUUCUCAGUUUGGCUACGAUGGGGCAGAUUUCCUCAGCCUGGAUAAACAGACCCUCACGUGGACAGCAGCCGACUGGCGGGCCCAGGUCACCAAGCGGAGGUGGGAGGCCGAUCAGGUCUGGACUCAAGGCCGGAGGAAUUUCCUAGAAGGAGACUGCAUUGAGUGGCUGCAGAAAUACCUGAAUUACGGCAAGGAGUCCCUUCUCAGAAAAGAACCUCCCGUGGUGACAGUCACCCGGAAAGAGAGCUACGAAGGACUGGAGACCCUCAUCUGCCGUCUGCACGGCUUCUACCCCAAAGAGGUUGACGUCACUUGGAGGAAAGGUGGGGAAAUCUUGGAGCAGGAGACCCUCCGUGGUGGGAUCACUCCCAAUUCAGACAGGACCUACCACACCUGGCUCAGCAUUGAGAUCGACCCCAAGGAGAGGGAGCUGUACAAAUGUCAUGUGGAGCAUGACGGUCUUCUGAACCCCCAGGAUUUCUCCUGGGAGAAGCCAGUUUCAUCUGUAACGGGGAUCCUCGUGGGCAGUGUCCUAGGUGCUCUGGCUGCUGCUGUCUUACUGGUAAUUGGGAUCCUGUUCUACACCAAAAAAUGGCGCAAGGGGUACCAAAAUGCAUCAAGGAACAGCCAAGAAUCAUCUUCUUGUGGCAAUGAUAUAGUGGAAUGACUCGCGACUGGUAAUCUGGAUCAGAGGUUUUCCCGCCUGAAACUCAUUAGAUGUGUGGAGGCAACAAUUGCAAACCCAGGAAGAUGCUGGACUGGCCGGCUAGAUGGGGAUCGGUGCAUCUUCAUUUUCUUCCUUCUACUUCUUUGAUCCCGGAGAUCCCCUGGGAGUAUUAAUUGAGGACAGAUUAAAUUUUCGUCUGUUGCGGUUUGACUUUGACGGCGUAAGAACCAGCACAAAGGACGUAAAAGUGUGAUAAAGGUUACAGCCUGCAGGAUUAUCCUUGAUUUUUGAGAAUACCUACCAGUUUUCAGGGGACGUGGUGGCUCAGGGGCUAGGACGUUGAGCUUGUCGAUCAAAAGGUUGGCAGCUCAGCGGUUCGAAUCCCUAGUGCUGCCGUGUAACGGGGUGACCUCCCGUUGCUUGUCCCAGCUCCUGCCAACCUAGCAGUUUCGAAAGCACAUAAAAAUGCAAGUAGAAAAAAUAGGGACCACCUUGGUGGGAAGGUAACAGCGUUCCGUGCACCUUUAGCGUUGAGUCAAAGCUGGCUGAGGAACUCUGGGAGUUGAAGUCCACAAGUCUUAAAGGGACCAAAGUUGGAGACCUCUGCUCUAGAAAGAGUGCAGAGAAGAACAACAAAGAUCAUUAGGGGACUGGAGGCUAAAACAUGAAAACCUGUUACAGGUACUGGGUUUGUCUAGUCUAGAGGUGACAUGAUAGCAGUGUUCCAAUAUUUGAGAUUGAGAGUGUCCACCUAAUUCUCCAAAGCAUCUGAAGCAGUGGUGAGUUGCUCCCGGUUCGGUCCGGUUCUUGCGAACCGGUAGUAACAGUGGCGGGAGGCUCCGCCCACCCAACCGGACAUCAUCACGGACAAUCUCCGUGUACGCAGAAGCACCCGCACACUCCCGCCCCGAACCAGUAGCGGAGGUAAGUAGAACCCACCUCUGACCUGAAGGCCGAACAAGGAGUGAUGGAUGGAAACUAAUCAAAGAGAGAACUGUCAGUGUUCCAGAAAACCCUGUCAGCUUUGGAAGCCAUACUAGGCCAAAGGCUUCCACACGCUGCCAAGAAAUUUCCUGACAAUUAGAACAAUCAAUCAAUGGAACAGCUUGCCUUCAGAAGUUGUGGAUGGUCCAUCACUGGAGCUUUUUAAGAAGAGAGUAGACAACCAUUUGUCUGAAGUGGUAUAGGGAUUCCUGCCUGAGUAAGGGGCUGGAUUAGAAGACCUCCAAGGUCCCUUCCAACUCUGUUUUUCCGUUAGUCUGAUUUUGUCAUCUUAUUUACAUUUAAGGUACUGCCUUUCGGGAUUGUUGUGAUUAUUUUGCUGUGUUGUACACUUCUGUAAACUGCUUACUGUAAGAGAGAGCAGUGGUGGUGCAGUGGUUAGAAUGCAGUAUUGCAGGCUAACUCAGCCCAUAGCCAGCAGUUUGAUCCUGAACAUCUCAAGAUUGACUCUUCCUCCCUCCCUCCCUCCCUCCCUUGCUGUGGUGGCGCCAUGACUAAAAUACAAUAUUGCAAACUAACUCUGCCCACUGUCAGCAGUUCAAUUCUUAUGCCUCAGUAUUUAGGAAAAAGAUGAAAGAAUUUUAUAUCUCUCCUUUGGGUUCCUCUCUUACUUCAAGAUAUGGUUUAGAUAGAACUGAUCUAUUUAUUUCUUAAUAAAUCCAAUUUUUGCUACAAAAACAAGAAGUGUC